UGCUUGGAGUGUGAUGCGUCAGCAGUACAUUCACGUUUUCAUUGAAGGACAAAAAGAAGAGCAGGCAUGUAAGCCUGUAUCCCGGGUGCCUGCUACUGCACCACAGAACAUAGCAAAAAACAUCGGUGCACAGCGGCAGGAAGGUGGACUAACCCGGGGCCAAAGAGGUUAAAAAUAAACAAAGGAGGGAGCAAGGGAAGAUGUUGCCAUGGGGGGCCACUUUUCCCUAGCCUCAGCGCUCGUCCACCAGCUCGAGCCGGACAGCUGUGCCGCUGACAAAGCUGAGAGCUCCAACUCUGCACUGAGCUCAGGGCACUGCAGUGCUAUACGGAUACUUCUCUGAUCGACACAACGUCACAGAGAGGGGGGAGAAACGCUCUCUCUUUUUUCUCUCAUUCCAGGGAGAGACCACGCUCGAAAGCAGGAGAGAGCGAAGGAGAACGAGGCAGAGAGAGAGCGAUCUCUCUACAGUGAAUGAGCCUUCUUACGGAGCUGCCUCUGCACUGGUACCCCCCUUUACACCUUCCCUGGACUCUCGUUGUCAACUUCUUACAGAAAAAUUGAAGGAUUAUUAGGAAGCGUGUAGAAAGAACCCUGCAGCCUUCGCAGCGUGCAAGCGUGAGUGCACGGAGAUGGAACGCGGAGCUACUUAAGAAAAGAAAUGCGCUAAUGACCGCAGUGUCACAGUCUUUUCAGCUGGACAAGGUGCUGACAAAUCGAGCGGACAAAACAUACUGAGAGGGAGGGAGACGGACAAAGUAAACAUGUGUGAGCGGUCCUCUAUGGAGACACGGGCAUUUAGUAGCAGCAUCAAGCGGAGGUAUCCAAGGACAAGCAUCUGUGGAUAGUGUGAGAGCGAGCGCUUCUAUAGGAGCCAAACUGGAUUGGUACUUUUGCCUAAAGCUCUGAGGCCCUGCAGAGCUGCUACACGUCUCCUCGGAUGCUCCUCUGUGGAUUUAUUAGGGGCCAUUUUGGCAUUCAUCUCGUUUUCUGACAAAUGAAAAAAAGAGAAGACGUUGCUUAUCGUGGGAACAUAGGAAUUUGAGGGGGAAAAAAUCUAUUUUGUGAUUGCAAAAAUUGGACGUGUAAAACCUUUGAGGUAGGUGUUGAGCCUUUCCAACCCUUUUCUAUUCAUAAAAUAUAUUCCCUCGUUUUAUUUGAUUCAUUAUUCCUUGGCUUUUCACUUCUCCCUUUUUACUCAAGUACUUGUUACUGAACGUUUAGCCUCCAGUUCAGUAAAUGGAAAAACAAUCUAGAGUGUUGUUUAACCCAGGGUAGGGCUUCAUUAGUCAGAGGUGAACCCUCCCCUUCCCCCAGCUUACUACCCCCCUCUCCCCAACCACCAUCAUCACCCCACAAACCGCCCCCCCCCAGACGAUGCUGAAUUAUGAAUGUGCCACAUCAUGAGUCUCCUGGGGCGGGUAGCUGUGCGUCGAGCCAGGAAAGCCGCCCUGCUCUGUGUCCUGUUCCUCAUGGUUCAAGCGUGCGUGGAGGUGGCGGCCGCGGCAGGGCCCCAGGGCUGCCUGACUGAUUGCUCCUGCAACAACCAGCUCAGCAAGGUGGUGUGCACCAGGCGUGGGCUCACUCGCGUGCCACCAGGUAUACCCAGCAACACCCGGCACCUAAACCUGAUGGAGAACGCCAUCGAGGCUGUGCAGGCCGACUCUUUCCGCAACCUCCAUCACCUGGAGGUACUGCAGCUGGGCCGCAAUGCCAUUAGACAGAUUGAAGUGGGUGCCUUCAGUGGACUGACCAAUCUCAAUACACUGGAACUAUUUGAUAACCGGUUGACAGUGGUGCCAAGUGGGGCAUUUGAGUAUCUGUCCAAGCUGCGAGAGCUGUGGCUGAGAAAUAACCCCAUUGAAAGCAUCCCAUCAUAUGCAUUUAACCGAGUGCCAUCCCUAAUGAGAUUGGAUCUGGGUGAACUGAGGAAACUGGAGUACAUCUCAGAUGGGGCCUUUGAAGGUCUAGUCAACCUCAAGUAUCUCAACCUGGGGAUGUGCAGCAUUCGAGGGGAGAUGCCCAACCUGACGCCUCUGGUUGGGCUGGAGGAGCUGGAAAUCUGA